AUGAGAGAGCUUUUGUUGUUGAAAAGUGCUGAUGCAGAGGAAGCCUACAAGUGUCUUACUAACAUUUUCAGAAGAAACCCCUUACUGCACACGGAGCUGGAUCUGAACAACAACACACCUGAACACGUCAAAGUGAAGCAUCUCUCGGCUCUGCUGCAGGAUCCACAUUACAGACUGCAGAAACUUACAUUACGGAACAGUGUAAGUGGGAAAUCCUGCACUGAUUUGGUUUCAGCUCUCUGUACAAAUCCAUCACACAUCAGAGAGCUGGAUCUGAGUUGGAGUAAACUAGGAGACUCAGGAGUGGAGAAGCUCUGUGAUCUACUGAAGAAACACGAGUGUAAACUGGAGACACUGCGAUUAUGUAACAGUGUAAAUGAGAAAUCCUGCACUGAUUUGGCUUCAGCUCUCUGUACAAAUCCAUCACACAUCAGAGAGCUGGAUCUGAGUCUGUGUGAACUAGGAGAUUCAGGAGUGGAGAAGCUCUGUGAUCUACUGAAGAAACACGAGUGUAAACUGGAGAAACUGUGGUUAAUAAAGUGCAGUAUAACAGAUAGAGGCUGUGCUGCUCUGACUGCAGCUCUGAAGUUAAACUCCUCACAUCUGAAAGAUCUGCAUCUGAGAGAUAAUAAACUGGGAAAUUCAGUCACACAACUCGAGGAGUUACUGAAGCGUUCAGGAGGACAGAUACGAUAUAAUAAAUCCACGAGUGAAACGGAUCUUCACAGUAGUACUAGACGCACCAGAGAGGAAGCAGCGUGUACAAGCACUCCCACCUCCAAAAACAAAUAGUACUAGAUCACACUUUCUAUACAGUACACAACAUACAAAAAGGAGAGAUGAGUGUACAUUCAGAUGUUUAUCUUCCUCCUCAAGACAGUAAACUAUACAGUUAUUGUUAGAGAUUUAACACAUGAAUAUGUCUGUAUGUUAAUGAUGUGUGUAUACAGUGUAACGCAUUUAAAAGUAAGAAGUGGUCACAUGUUCAUAAUCACAUUUAAUGUGUGUAAACUUGUUAAAAUGACACGUGCAGUAUGUGGAACACGUGAAACAUGCCCUUUGCACAUGGGAAACAUUUGUUUUUGGAACACUUUCAUGGUUUAAUGUGUGAAUCCCAUGUAAAUUCCCAUGUGAUACCCGUGUGAUUACAUGUAAGACACAAGGGGGUGUGUACAAUACAAAAUAGUCUUUGUACUUGCAUUUUUUUAUAAAACAUUUUAAAUAACAGCUACACAUUGAGUAAGCAGUAAUUUACCAAGCCAAACAGCACCAUGUUCUUCUGUAAGGUCUAUGCUCAUAUUUCCUGCAGUAAAGACAUUGAAACAAAUGGAUUCAAAUUGAGCUUUUAUUUUUUAUUGUAGUUGAGUUUAUUUGUUUAUUUGUGUGUGUUUGUGUGUGUGUUGUCUCAGUCCUCUGCUGCGUCUCCUCCAGCAGGCUCCCCGUUUUGGGUUUGAAAGACAAAAUGAAAGAUUAUCUCAGUACGAACACCAGUCUAUUCUGUCAAAGUAAAGGUUCUUUUCUUUUCUAUCUGUAUUUCAGAUUUGGUUCUGUUAUUUUCAAAUGAUGACUGGUCUACACAUUCAGAGUCAAAUAUAUAAACAAGCACAGAUCCUGUGCAAACCCUAGAACACAUCCUAAACUGGAUUCUAUGAAUUAUGCAAUCAUCAGUAUCUUGGUAUACACAGUAUCUAUAGGUUCUGAUAUUUACUGUACCUUUCUGCUCGUGUCAUGGUGUCUUUUAAUUUUUGUGCCAUGCAGGCCUUGAUCUCAGUGUCU